AUGACUGCUGCCAAUUGUUCUUUAGAAUCAACCAAGAAGCCCAAAGUCUUGAUUGUGGGUGCUGGUAUCGGUGGAUUGACCCUUGGGGCCUUGUUAGAGAAGGCUGGAGUGCCAUAUGAGAUCUAUGACAGGAUGGUUGGGAUGAAACCUCUUGGGGCAAUGCUUGCGGUGGGCGCUACAGUGGCCCCAUUAUUCAAACAGAUGGGUAUCUGGGAUGAAUUUCUAUCGCUUAGCAAACCACUGCAUUCGAUCGAGACUUUCAAUGAACAGCGACAACUAGAGUUCUCGAUGGAUUUAAAGCUUAUGGAGGAGUUAGGAGGAGCCUGCGAUAAUCUGUGUUCAAGAGCUCAAAUCCACAAUCUGAUCCACCGUCAGAUCCCUGCAGAAAAGAUCCAUUUAAACAAGCGUGUCGUGUCCAUAAAACAAACCGAGCCGCCGAGUGACAGUGGUGGUAGUGGUGGUGGUGGUGUUGGUGUACAGAUCCAGUUUGCAGACAACACAACUGCUGAAGGAGACAUCCUUGUGGGAGCCGAUGGAGCAUAUAGCAAUGUCCGGUUGAAUAUGUAUGAACAGUUGCAGAAACAGAACAAGCUACCGGCGUCAGAUAGUGCAGGUUUGCCUUACAACUUUAUUUGUCUCGCGGGGCUGACUCAUUCCUUGGAUCCAACUCAGUUCCCAGAGCUUGACGACCCAUACUCUCACUGCUAUUCUGUGAUGGCAGCGAACAAACCCUAUUCGUGGUUGACUUGGACCAUUAAGGGCAAUGUUUAUUGCUGGGCAGUACUCCAUCAUAAGGAUGGGGUCUCAGCCUUGGAUCGUAGCAGUUUCCAAAAUGCGGAAUGGGGACCAGAAGCAAUCGAAGCUAUGUGCAAGGAUGUACGCGACUUUCCCAUCCCUGGAGGACUGAAUAAUUCCUUGACCAUGGGGGAUUUGAUUGACCAUUCACCCUCGAUCUCCAAAGUCUUGUUAGAAGAGAAAGUCUUUGAUACUUGGUAUUCUGGGCGAACUGUGCUAUUAGGCGAUGCUGCGCAUAAGUUUCACCCUGUUGGGGGCGCAGGAGCAUGGAAUGCUAUACAUGAUGCAGCCGCAUUGGCCAACUGGCUAAAUGUUUUAUCUUCUUCCGCAUCUGUGACCGAGAUUGAAGGGGUCUUUGAAGAGUACAAAAAAGAGCGUUACCCUGUUGCCAAAAUAUCCUAUGAAAAUAGUUGGAUCUUAGCGCAGCUCCUUCAGCAGGAUCUGAGAGAGCCCGUUAAAGAUAGUGGCAAUGUAGCCCCUCGAUAUCAACCUAGUCUUGAAAAAACAUUAUCUAUUCUUCGUGCACAGAAAGUAUAA